AUGGCAUCAUUAGUAGAUAGAGCAAAGAGGCGCGUGCAGCUGCUGAUUAGAUACAAGCCCGCCUCCCGGACCCGCUCGCCUUCCACGCCGUUAGAGGAAAACGUAUUGACUUCGGGAAUGACGGAUAAUGAUCGCUUGAAGCGUAUUAGAGCCGACGUAUCUCAAGCAAGCAUGUUCGGGGGCAACGGCGGGUCGUACGGCGGCGAGUGCGGCGAGGGCUACGGGCUGGGCUACGUGGCGGGCGGCGGCCGCCUGCAGCAGUACGCGCACUUCGCGCCGCACCAGACCUGGCACCACCACGCACACCACGACACUUACGGUAACCACUCCUGU